AUUUCCUCCAGCCCUGGCUGCGGGCUCACGGCUGCCGCUUCACGUCCAUAAGUCUCCGGCUGCCAGAAAGACUGUAGGAUACCUAUUCUCCAACUGGGCUAGUGUCCUGCAGAUAAUUCUGGCCAGGAGAAGAACACUGCAGUAGAACUCAGGAGGGGCAGCAAGUGUCUAUAAAGAACCGAAGGAUCCUUCCAUUUUCCUGUCUUUCAAAGGAAAAAGCCACCGCGGGAUUCGGUUCAGUAGCUGAAAAUGAAGACGCCCUCCUCAGACAUUUAUUCCAAGGUUAUCAGAAAUGGGUUCGCCCUGUGUUACAUUCUAAUGACACCAUAAAAGUAUAUUUUGGAUUGAAAAUAUCUCAGCUGGUAGAUGUGGAUGAAAAGAAUCAGCUGAUGACAACAAAUGUGUGGCUCAAACAGGAAUGGACAGACCACAAAUUACGCUGGAAUCCUGAUGAAUAUGGUGGAAUUCAUUCAAUUAAAGUUCCAUCAGAAUGUCUUUGGCUUCCUGACAUAGUUCUCUUUGAAAACGCUGAUGGACGUUUCGAAGGCUCCCUCAUGACAAAAGUCAUAGUGAAAUAUAACGGAACAGUAAUCUGGACUCCUCCCGCCAGUUAUAAGAGCUCCUGCACCAUGGAUGUCACGUUUUUCCCAUUUGACCGGCAGAACUGUUCAAUGAAGUUUGGAUCAUGGACUUACGAUGGUACCAUGGUUGACCUCAUUUUAAUAAACGAAAAUGUUGACCGAAAAGACUUCUUUGAUAAUGGAGAAUGGGAAAUAUUAAAUGCCAAAGGGAUGAAGGGAAACCGGCGGGAGGGUUUAUAUUCAUAUCCAUUUAUCACUUAUUCUUUUGUUCUGAGGCGUCUGCCUUUGUUCUACACGCUCUUUCUGAUCAUCCCUUGCCUGGGGCUGUCUUUUCUCACAGUUCUGGUGUUCUAUUUACCUUCUGAUGAAGGCGAAAAACUUUCAUUAUCAACAUCUGUUUUGGUUUCCCUGACUGUGUUUCUUUUAGUAAUUGAAGAAAUAAUCCCAUCUUCUUCAAAAGUCAUUCCUCUCAUUGGAGAAUAUCUGUUGUUCAUCAUGAUUUUUGUUACCCUGUCAAUUAUUGUUACCGUCUUUGUAAUUAAUGUUCACCAUAGAUCUUCUUCAACAUACCAUCCCAUGGCCCCCUGGGUUAAGAGGCUGUUUCUUCAAAAACUUCCUAAAUUACUUUGCAUGAAGAACCAUGUGGACCGCUACUCCUUCCCAGAUAAAGAUGAAAGUAGACCAGAAGUGAAUGCUAAAGUCCUGGAAAAAACAAAACAAAAACACAUUCAUGAUGGAGAAGAAGUUUUGGUUGCUUUCUUGGAAAAGGCCGCUGAUUCCAUUAGAUACAUUUCCAGGCAUGUGAAAAAGGAACAUUUUAUCAGCCAGGUAGUACAAGACUGGAAAUUUGUAGCUCAAGUUCUUGACCGUAUCUUCCUGUGGCUCUUUCUGAUAGUGUCAAUUACAGGAUCAGUCCUGAUUUUUACUCCUGCUUUGAAGAUGUGGAUACAUAGCUACUACUAGGAACAAGUCCCUAGAGCAAUUUAGAAGACACCCCAUAAAGACAAAAGUAUACCUUAGAACUGACAUCCACCUGGCGUGCAUACAGAAGCCACAUCCACGUGCCCAGUGCAUGGCCCUCACGGAAAUGGCAAGUGUCUCUUGAUGGGAGAGAGCUUGGUAAAUGUGGGUUUACCCACGGUUAAUUUGUAGUUGCCACUAGAGUGAGUUGGGCUGAAGUCCAGCAGAAUCUCCCCAGGCUCCCACCUUGGCCUCCCCAGACAUUCAGGGAGGAGUCUUAUGUCUGGGCCUGGGGCCUCAAGCCAGAAGGCACUUGGAACUGAUGCCGUUUGUGAGACCUCUAGGAGGAAGGAGGCUGAUGAGGCAAACCCAGGGAGGCCCACCAAGAAUUCAAGGAGGUCCUUGGGUCGAGUCAUUUGAGUGGGCAGGACCUGAAUUUCUUUUGUUUCUGUUAGAUUCCUGGGUGGUUUUGCCUGAGAUGCAAACUGGGACCCUUUGCUGUAUUUUGUGCUUCUCUAGCAAUGUGUCUGAACAAAUCUCAACAACCUUUUGGGAAGUUACACUGGUAGAACAGCACCUGGCACAGCACUUGGUCAAUUAAUGUCCCCGCAAAAUGUCAGGAAUCUCACUUGAAUGAAGUAGUUGUUAUCAUGGUUUAUUCAUAGCAUUUUCAAGGUUUUCAGAUGGUGAGACUAGAACCUUCUGUCAAUUGUGAUUUGCUUUAAGGUCAUAUCAAAAUAACUUAUAAUAGAAACAAAUUCAUCUUCUACCAUUCAUUAAUACUCACUAUCUGCUAGAAAACUGAAACACAGAACAUUCUCUGAUAAUGCUCUUUUAUUUCACCUUAUCUGAUCUAAUCCACUUCAACAGUACGUGUGGAGCAAAUUGCCACAACAGUGCAUCGUGGGAACACAACAAAAACUUUCAGUACUCGAUACAAUAAAAGGAGUCCAGAAAGAUUACAGGAUAAAGAGUCCAGAAAGGGCAAAUCACCUUGUCACUUACACAGCAAAAAGAGUUCAAAAGAGCAGGGGAAGAAGUCCCAUCACAGCCAGUCUCCUGAGUGGCCAAAAACUGCUAUGGGUUGGGGUUGGUAGAUGGCAGCUCUGUGUGCCCCACUUUGCACUGGAGAAGAGAGACUGGUCUAUACUGUUUGAGCUCCCUCCUACCCUGUAGAGGAGGCUCCUCCAUUGCCUCUUCUAGCUUCUGGUGACCUGCUGGCAUUGCUUGGCUUUCGGAUGCAGAAUUUCAGUCUCUGCUUCUUUUGUCAUGUGGUGUUCUCCCCUUUUGCCUGUCUCUGUGUCUAAAUUUUCCUCUUCUUAUAAGGACACUAGUCAUAUUGGAUUAGAGUCCACCCUAAUCGAGUUUAGCCUCAUCUCACCAAAUCACAUCUUCAAAGACCAUAUUUCCAAAUAAAGUCCCAUUCAUGGACCCAAAGUUAGGUCUUGAACAUAUAUUUUUGAGGAACACAAUCCAACCCAUAAAAAUAUGAUAUCUUCAUCCCAGAGUUGUUUGGGCAGAGAACAGAGAUGUAUCUGCAGGGCCCCUUGGGGACUGAGAAAAGGUGUGGAAGUAUUAAGCUUCCCACCUACGGAAUUGCUGAUGUUCUCACAGGCAUUGGGGACUACCAGAUUGGAAGGCCAAGCCCUCGAUCUUGGAGCUUGCCCUUUGAAGCUUAUUGCUUGUUGUAGGUGAAUGUUAGGUGCAUUCACCUUGUGGUUGUGCCUGGGAGUCACCACUGGAGAGCCUCAUUUGUUGCUCGGAUGUGGCCUCUCUAUCUGAGCCAACUCGGCAGGUAGACUUGCUGCCUUCCCUGCUAUGGGACCUGACUCCCAGGGGUGUAAAUCUUCCUGGCAUCAUGGGACAUGGCUCAUGAAGAUGAGCCUAGACCCAACAUCAUGGGAUUGAGAAAGACUUCCUGGUCAAAAGGGGGAAGAGAAAUGAAGCAAAGUGGGGUUUCAGUGGCUGAGAGAUUUCAGGUGGAGUCGAAAGGUCAAUC